AUGAGCGACAACGACGACAAGGAACAAUUACUUCAAGAGCUCAGCUGGCACCACCGCGCGUCUAUUGUCUCGCAGCUCGUCGACAUAGGCAGCGAGCGCAACCAGCAAGAGCAUGUCAAGUUUCGCUCCUUCAUCAGCAGCCUCCAGUGUCUCCAAUUCAAGGGCUCGGAGCUGCGCCGCUGGUCGAUCAACGCCUUCUGCUAUCGGCGGUACGUCGCACUGUCCUACACCUGGGCUCCUUCGGAGCAUGAAAACUCGGAACCUGGGAUCUACCCCGUCGAAAACUGGGAUGAUAGCCACUUCCGACUCUCUCCGGUACGAAAAUGCGUUCUCGAUCGCGUCCUACACUACAUGCGCCACAACAAUGUCGACUUCUUUUGGAUCGAUGCUCACUGUAUUCGUCAAGUCACAUGCGGCAUCAAUGAUUGCGCCCGCCACUUACGCUGCAUCGAGAAACGCGAUGCUAUACAAGCCAUGGAUCUCGUCUACCAGCUCAGCGAGCACCCUGUGGCACUGCUGGGCUGGGAGCUGAAGACCGGAUCUGAGCUGUACCUACUUAAGCAAAUCCUCUCGGGGGACCUCGUCGACGGAGAUUGCGAGUUUCGGCUUUGUGCAGCAACUCCUGUUCACGUGGCGACGAAGGCAUUGCUGCUGCUGAGCGAGAUCACGCGAGACAGCUGGUGGUGUCGUGCAUGGACGUUCCAGGAAAACUACCGCGGCGGAACGCGGAUGCAGCUACUGAUCCGCCACGAUCCGUCCCUGGAGCUGCAGAAGCGGCGGCACGGUGUAUUUGGCGAGAUACCAGGCGAGCUGUGCAUACAGUCCGUCAUGUUCUCCACGCAGGCGACGCGGCUGUGCCUAGCGAUCCGCGAGGUGACAGCGCUGCUGCGGCUGGAUGCUAACCGGGUUGACGGCGUGCUCCGCGCGGCUGGGAGAUACGCGCUUAUGGUACACAGUUCAAGCUCCAUGACCCCAACGGUGAUCGCCGACAUCGAGGCGCGCAAACUGUCGAAGCCAUGGGAUCGGCUUGCGAUUGUGGCCAAUUGCUGCCAGUACCCAGUGCGGUUGGAUGGUGGAGCACUCAGCCGGCAGGGUCAGAGCCCCAGUCUGUCAAUACUGGCCAUGUGUCUACUCAACGGCGAGAUUCUUGAUAACAGCAACAAUAACAUGGCAUCGGUAGCCGGGCUGACGACGUCGGAGCUUCUCGACAGAUUGAUGUUCAGGCAAUUCCACGCGCCCGAAGACGACAUGCGGCAAUUGACGUUCAACAAAGGCUUUGACAGCGAACGGCAUUGCAACAAGGGGCCAUCUAUGGAAGCUGGGUUUCAUCAUCGAUACCGCAAGAUUCCCGCGGAAAUUGCCAUGGAUCAACGAACCAAGAGGCCGUUUAACACUUGA